AUGGCACCGUCCGUGUUUUCAACCACUGUAGUGCUUUGUUUUUGCUUCAUUUUGGUACCACAAGACACAAAUGCGGUAUCCCCGACUUCAAACAAGUACAAGUUUCUCUACUUUCCCUUCGGUUCGACCGGCAGCCAUUUCAUGACUUUAAGCCAAUCGGCAAACGUUUUGGCUCGACUGGGCCACCAUGUUACCUUCUUAUCCUCAAACGAUGCACCUAAGUGGCAGCGGGCAGACGACGCGGAUGUGUUCUCGCGCGUCGUCUUCAAAACACGCUACACCAAGACUGACGAAAUGAACGCAGCACAUGAAUUAUCCCGCACCACGCUGAGAGGUGAAAGCAGAAAUGGUUUCUUUAUAUUCAACUCGAUUUACAACUCCGUUGUCUACGGAAACCCUCCUAUAGUCGAUGUAUUCUUAGGACAAUGUGACGACUUACUCUCGGACGACCUCGCCAUCGCGAAGCUGAGAUCGGAGGAGUUUGACAUGCUGGUCGGCGAUUCCGGUCUAAUUUGCAAUCCUUUAUUGGCUCAGAAACUGGACAUACCUUUUGUCCUGUGCAGUAAUUUACCAAUAAUACCAGCCGGAUACAGACUGUAUUACGGAGUCCCAGCAGAUCCAUCAUACAUCCCAGAGUAUACCACAAGAUACACCUCCAACGAAAUGACCUUCUUUCAACGGGUCCAUAAUGUCUUAAGCUACGGCGUGCAGGACUUUCUUCUACGCCAAUAUCUGGAAAUGUAUUAUCCACUGAAAGUCAAACACAACAUCAAGCCUGAGAUGAGUAUGCUGGAUUCUCAGCGCCAAGCUGAGAUAAUGUUCUUCAAUGGGAAUUAUCCUCUGGAGACGGCCCGCCCACUUAACCCCAACACAAUUUUCAUCAACCCCGUUGUUGGGUUACCAAGUAACCAAGUGGUGGUUAACGAAGAUGUGGCUGACUUUUUGGAAACGGCACCGGCUGGUUUUGUUAUUUGCUCAUUCGGAAGCUACGUCGCUGUAAUGGAACGAGACACGUUACAGAUGUUUGCUGAUGGGUUUGCUCUGUUACCGUACCGGGUGCUGUGGCAGACUAACGGACACAUGUCUAACAUCAAACUAGCAGACAAUGUCAAGAUCGUUAAAUGGGUGCCACUGGCGCAGAUCAUGAACCACACGAACGCCAAAGCAAUUGUGUCUCACGGUGGAAUUAAUAGCGUCGUGGAGGCAACGUUGGCGGCGCUUCCAGUUGUUGGGAUACCUCUCAUGGUUGAUCAAUUCUCGAACAUAGACAAAGUGGUCGCAUAUGGUUUGGGCAUCGCCCUGGAGUUCAACGAAGUGACACCACAAACAUUGAGUUCAGCCAUCACAACAGUUGUGGAGAAACCAAGAUUUCGCGAGAGGGCACUACACGCAUCCAGGAUUUUGAGUGACCUGACGUCAUUUGCGCCCCCAGCUGAGACGCAAGCUAAUUGGAUCUUACACGUGACCAAGUUUGGAGGCGACCAUCUCCGUCCGCCAAUCAAUGAUAGUUAUUUCAGUAAUCUACUUGACGUCUAUUUGUUCCUUGUUUUGAUUCUAGCUCUGAUCUUAGGUUUCAAUGUUUGUUUCUUGUAUUUUUGUUGCGUCCGAAGAUGUACGCGCAAUCAAGGGAAAGAUAAAAGAGAGUGA